AUGGACGAGCCUGAGGCGGCCGACACCGACGGCGGGGCGCGGUACCUCGCCCAUCUCCGGCGGCCGCUCUCCCCCCCCACGCAGACGGCCCAUGCGGAGACGGAGGCCGUGAGGCUCGCGCGCCUCAGGCUCGAGGGCGCGCGACAGCCGGCGCCGAGGCCUGGCAGCCGGACCUCGCAGCGCCAGCGGCGUCCGCAGGCCGCGGCCGUGCGCCCAGGCGCCUGCCUGGGCGCCUGGCUCGGCGCCGCCGCGACGGAGCAGCGCAGGGCCCCCGCCGAGGGCGCGCCCGCCUCGAGCGGGAGAGCGAGCCCGUCGCGGCGGCCGCCGAGCAGGGCGGCGCAGGGCGCCGCGGGCGCCGCCGCGACAGCCGCUCGCCCGCCGUCGGGCCGCGCCCUCCGCGGCCCUCACAUGCUGCCGGCGGGCCGCGAGCGCGUAGCGCUGCAGGUGCGCCCGAGCCGGCAGAGGUGGCCAGUGCGGGCCGCGACGCCCGAGGGCGGGCGGCAGCCGCCGGGCGGCGCCGAGAGGUGCGCCACGCCGCGCCUGGUCGGCGGCAGCCCGCAGAGGCCUUCGGUCUGGUGGAGGGCCAAGCUGCAGGAGGCAGCAGCCACGUAG